CCUCCAGAAACAGACCUUGUGUUAAACCACUCUGGUAAAAAGCUUCAAGAAGUUCCAACAACUUCAUUCCUCCACCAGUAACGUGAACAUCAUGUCUACAUGUAGUAGCAGUCGACGGGAGAUUGAUCAUUUUGGGACAGGUAACAAAGCUAGCAACCAGGUAAGCUAGCAGCACCUGUUGCUAGCCAAAAGCUGAGCAACCAAUUAGCGACGUCACAGGAGGCAGCAUUGACGAGUAUACAGAUCUACUAUGGAGUCCAACGACAGCACGGACGAGCGGCGCAGUCAAGUAGCGUGGACGUGGGAUCAUCCUGAGAAAAAUUGCUUCCUGGAUGUGAGCCUGAAACUCUCACUCACAGAUGCUGGGCAUGUGAGAGCUGAACAGAGAGCUCCCAACACAGAGCCAGUUUUGUGAAUGUGAGGGAUACUAGGAACCAAUUUGUGAUGAUAUCCAUCCAGGCAGAGGGUCAGAAUGGCAUGAUGACACACGGCCUUUUCCUGGACUGACACGUCAGACUGCUCUUCGUCUGCGCCUUUCAAGAUCAUUACAUCAUCUGAAAUCCCCUGGUCAUCAGAAAGGUGUCUGCAAGAGCUGUCAGAAACAAAUCUGAUGGAAGCAGGGGCGAGACGGAGAGAGAGUGUGUGGCAGCCAGCGAGCAAGCGAUUAUUUCCAAAUGAGUGAAUAUUGGAUUGUAUUAGAUUUAAGGCUGCCACGAAGGCAUGGCAGGGGCCUCGUUGACACGCCGGUCUGAUAAUCUUUAUUGGUAAAACUAGUAAUUUAGAACAAAUCUCUAAAACCAAACCGAAAAUGCUAUAAUGAAUCAAAGCGAACUUUAAUCACACGGCAUAAAAGACAAAUAACACACAAUCCUAAUUACGUCUAAUUAAACCAUCUUUGUCCUUGAUUGCAUCGUUUUGUAUCUUGUGAAAAGAGAAAAUGUCUAAACAUUGUUUUAAACCUGCAUCCUGUAAUAAUGAUCUUUUUCAGCUUGGUGAAGUUUAGACAGCGUUGUUCAGAUGCAUCACAGUUUGGGUCACUAACGACCUUUCGCCUUGUUGUCCUAAACUGGUCCUGAUGCUGGGAUGUACGUGCUGCAACCAAAGGUCCCCAGCACUCUGACUGCGAUAGCUGUGGGGAUCUGUGAGCACCUGCGCGUCUGUCCUCAGGGAUACACCUGCUGCACGUCCGAGAUGGAGGACAAACUCAACCAGCAGAGCAAACUGGAGUUCGAGAACAUGGUGGAGGAGAGCAGCCGCAAUAUGAGGGUGACAUUUGUCUCCAGGCAUAAAAAGUUUGACGAGUUUUUCUUGGAGCUGCUGGACAACUCUGAGAAGUCUCUCAACAGUAUGUUCACGCGGACGUACGGGAAGCUGUACAUGCAGAACUCGGAGGUGUUCCAGGACCUGUUCACCGAGCUGAAGCGCUACUACACGGGGGGCAACGUGAACCUGGAGGAGAUGCUGAAUGACUUCUGGUCCCGGCUGCUGGAGCGCAUGUUCCAGUUGCUCAACUCCCAGUACCACUUUACAGACGACUACCUGGAGUGCGUCAGUAAAUACACGGAUCAGCUCAAGCCGUUCGGAGAUGUGCCCAGGAAGCUGAAGGCCCAGGUCACCAGGGCCUUCAUCGCCGCGCGGACGUUUGUGCAGGGGCUGAUGGUGGGCCGAGAGGUCGCCAACAGGGUCGCUAAGGUGAACGUGGUGCCAGCGUGCGUCCGGGCCCUGACCAGGAUGCUGUACUGUCCCUACUGCCGCGGCCUCCCCGGGCUCAAGCCCUGCCACAACUACUGUCACAACGUCAUGAGGGGCUGUCUGGCCAACCAGGCCGACCUGGACGCCGAGUGGAACCUCUUCAUAGAUGCCAUGUUACUGGUGGCAGACAGGCUGGAGGGACCCGUCGACAUUGAAGCUGUUAUAGAGCCAAUCGACAUCAAGAUCUCUGACGCUAUCAUGACCAUGCAGGACAACAGCAUGGUAGUGUCAGCCAAGGUCUUUCAAGGGUGUGGUCAACCAAAGGCAUCAGUAAUGGGCAGGUCUGCACGAGGCAUCUCAGAUGUGUUCAAUACUCGCUUCAGACCUUUCACUCCUGAAGAAAGGCCAACCACAGCAGCUGGAACAAGCCUGGACAGACUGAGGGCUGUCUGGAAGACAAUGCAGCGCAGUGUGAGUGACAUCAAAGAAAAGCUGAAGGAGUCAAAGAGGUUCUGGUCCAACCUGCCUGAUGACAUCUGUGCCAAGGGCAAGCUCGCGGAGUCUGAUGAGGAGCAGUGCUGGAACAGCCACACUAAGGGCAGAUAUUUCCCUGAAGUGGUGAGGCAGGGUCUGACCAAUCAGCUCAACAACCCAGAGGUGGAUGUGGACAUCACCAGGCCGGACACGCUGAUUCGGCAGCAGAUCAUGGCUCUACGUGUCAUGACCAACAAGCUGAAGAACGCCUACAACGGGAACGACAUCUACUUCCAAGACUCCAGUGACGAGGGCAGCACGUCCGGCAGCGGCAGCGGAUGCUCCGACGGCUGCACCACAGAGUUGGUCUUUGUGGGGACAGAGGCUCCCGUGAUCGGAGCCGACAGGAGCGACGAGCGAGCGGCAGCCGCGGGCAGGUCGCUCCCCCGCGGACCCUCCCUAGCGCUGGUGAUGGGCGCCGUGGCGGUGACGCUCUGGGCGGCCCAGAGGUGGAGAUAAUACCAGAGUGGGGCGCGGGCGCUGACGUUGGUGCUGUUACAACACAGCCGGUUCCACUGCUGUUCUCCCACUGGACAUGUAGAACUUCCCGGACACCUGUUGACAAUGGCUUGCUGUGAGGUAGGACUGGAAGCGAGGGCAGUGCUGCAUCCUGCUCGUCCCCCAAAGAAUGCUCGGUGCCAUCACUGAACCAGCUUUCACAUCUCUGAGAAAUGAAACCGUGGUGUUUUGAAAAGCUUCUGUUUUAGAAAGUGAAGCCAUCCUGCGAUGGUUCUGUUCUGCGGUGGUGAUUUUUCCUUUUCUUUGUAUGACGAAGUGAAGACAAAACCCGUUUUUAUCCUAUUAGUCUUCUCCCCUUCACACAAAAGGAGGAAGUCUUACUGUGUGCAUGCAUGGAAAUGAUGUUAAGUGACAAAGCUCUUUUUCUGUUUGUUCUUAUGCAGGCGACACAGUGGUGGGUUGGUUGCUACAGGAUUGCACAUUGCUAGCUGGCGUCCCAUUCGCUCAUAUCAGUUUGGUUCCAGGGAGUAGCAGUCCUCACGGCCUCUCUAUAGUUGCACAUUUGAUUAUCUCUAAGGAAGUGCUAACAUACCGCACUACCAGAACUACUUUGCACAAAUUAUUUUUGUUGGCUUCAUAAGUUUAUAAAGCUACAGGAAAUAUCCACCCCAUAGAGAAAGAAGAUCUAUAUUUUCAGAUCAUUAAGUGAUUGUAUUGUACUUAUAAACACUUACAGGAAGCAUUUCCAUGGAAGGUGUAAUGUAACCUUACUAAUUUAGUUAACGGCUACAUUUUUAUAAAUGUAUUAUUUCUUUAUUUAACCACAGUAGGAUGAAAGAAAACUACAUUUCUGCAGCGAUGCUAAGCCAUUUAACGACAUUUGCCUGCUCACAAUGUUCACUUUCCUGGUUUACCCCCUUCAAAUCAACAUGCACCCAAACAGCUGCUUUUGAUUCAUCAGAGGUCUGAAAAAUAAACUUUCAUUUAUUUUCUUUAAUUAUUCAUGGUUAUGACUUAUUCUGUUGUUGAAACAAUAUGGAAGGACGCAGGUUGUAACACCUUUCCUCUGAGCUCAGACGCAGCCCUCUGACUGACACUUCCUCACACAUGAUGCCUGCGUGCUGCUGUUUGGCCGGGAGGAACCGACCCGCUGCCCCUCAGGCUACAGGUACUGUAGCAGAGGUGGUCCUGUUCGCUUGCGGGACGUGUACAAAGUGGGAAACUGAAGCGAGCAGCAUUGUGCCAAGAUUGGAGGGCUUUGACUGCAGCUCUUAGAUCUAGUGUUACUAUUCAUACCCUUCAUACAAUCUCCUACGGGUUUUGACCUCUAACAGGCUCUAGAGGCUCAGGGAGCAAAACCAAUAGGUCGCACUCCACCAACACAAUACAAUGGCCGUGACACAAGGUCACACAGGAAAGGCAAAUUACAGAAGUGUUGCAGGCGUGCUGGUGAAACCAACAAACAAAGGGGGCGAAUCUUCACAGUUACACAACAGGAUUUCCACGUCAGCCGCCGUUACGCUGGAGAAUCCAACCAUCCGAUCACAGGCACCUCCAGUGGUUCAACAUUGCCAGUGAGACAGUCUCUUGUGUCAGCGGGCGCCUCACCCACAGCCCAUCACUCCAACAAAUUACCAGCUGCUGCGAACAUCACAAAGAAAGUGUGUUUGGUGUGGCAUACUAAACAACGCCUGGGAGAAGGUCUCACCUCUCCCGCCAGCACACGAGGAAGCAGCAUCAAACCGCACCUUCCAGAAGCAAAAGAAAACAGGCGAUGCCUUAAAACAUGACGGGCGCAGAUGAACCGUGGAGAGAAAACUAGAAGGGACCUAAUAAAUCUCCUUUACCGAAGUUUGCGCUGGUAUCGGGCUCAUAAUAGACAGCACAAGAGGGUAAAGCCUGUUUAGCUCACGAGACCCAGAGGCGCCGCACAAAUCUCACUGCCGAACAGUUGACCUCUGUCUCCGCAGUCCCUGCAGAACCCGCUUCAGAGGAAAGCAGCCCAGCAGCAGCCGCCCACUCUAACCAGCAUGAUGCAAUUAGAUCAGUGAUGUGCAAAGCUUAAUUGGCAAAAGAGAAAUGACACUGAACUGAUUAUCUAAACGGACUCUCUGCUUGUAUCCACCUGUGUUUGUGCACAUUUCCAAUUUCUGAAUGUAAAUGCUGGAUAAUCACAAGAUGUAAGUCUUGAGGAGGAGACUUGGACCAUAGAUAAAAGCAGAAUGUGACAAAGUGCACUUAAAUCAGACACAGCCCCACGCGGCGUCCAUCAAAAAAGGAGAAAUGGUGGCGUGGUUUCACUUUCCGAUGGCUGGCUGCACAGUUUUUAAUUUUGUCAUCUCCCUGUGCCCUCAUCUCCUGUACGCUUUGACAGCUGAGGCCUAACAUCUGAUGUUCUUGUGACAUAGCUGAAAGGAAACAUGCCUUAAUUGCUGCUUUCCCUUCCAAAAAAUGCAAUUUAUGCCACAUAUGGAUUUUGGAGUUUAAAAAGUCCUGGAAACAAGGAAAAGAAGUAAUCACCAGCGAAACCAAGCAGCAGUAUCCAGAGACUAAGAACGUAGCGAUGGCUCCACGUGAUGCAUGUAACAGCGGGAGCUGAUGUGAGCUGAUAUGGCAGGAGUCAGAGGAAGCCGCGGGGUCAAAACCUGUACGAGGGGAAACAAAAGACAGUUCAUAUGUGUCUACAUUUAAAUCAUCAAUAUCUGAAAUAAUAAAUUGAAUUACAUGUAUUGUUUUCUGUUAUGGCUGCGCUCAUCACACUUUUACUUUUACAAUGGAGCCGUUGUGUUGCCUGCUGUCUGAUGGUGAGAGAGCCCUUCAUUACCCAGACUAACGGGCAGGAGGUGAAGAGGAAGGGCAUCUCUAACUAGUUAUAAUGUGUGAAUACUGGCAAAUUAACAUUAAAGUUAUGUUAAGCCUGAUGCAGAAACUGGUCCAUGGUCCAUGAAUGCUCAUUGGACCAGUGGAUCCAUGAGGCUCAUGCUUGUAUUUUAAUUUCAGCCUCAGAUACAGCUACAGAAAGCAUUCAGACCCUGCACUUAGUAGCUUUUGUUGCAAUUUAGCAGAAACUCAUCAGCAUUUUAUGGUUUUUCCGUGGCAAUAUAUAAUUUGUUUUGCAUUUUAAUGCUAAUUUAUAAAUUUUAAGUAUUAAAAUACAAUAUCAUUGAUAACGUAGGGAUUGGAUUAUAGGAGCUGGAGGAUCUGGAGUUAAAUCCAGGAUGUGCUGUCUUCAGAUCAGUUCAUCAGUGCACUUAAAUGGGUCACAUCGAUGUUUUACAUUCUAGCAGGGAGACAUACAGUAGCAGUGCAUUACUGUGAAGCAUGGGUUUACCUUUAGUUUUAGUUUAUUUGAAGCUAUAAAACUUACUUCAAACGGGGUCUGAAUACUUACUGAAGUGAUUUUGCUCUAAUUUUGAAAGUUAAGGUUCUUUUUUUCCAGCAGGUGUUACUGUAGGUGAAAUAUCAUGUUGUUUCCGAAAACCACGUUCAAAGAUUUGUGAAUCUUACAGUAUAAUUGGUGAAUUAACUGCAUACACUGAACCAAAAGCAAGAGAAAAGAGAUGCAGUUUAGAAGGUUACACUGUAUUUUGCUGCAGGCAAUCAGCGCCAUAUUCAUUCUGCUCUGAAGUAUUGAAGAAACGCUGUGGAGGCAGAUAUUCAGUCAGAACCAUUGGUUUAGUAUGUGAUGGUUAAUAACAGGAAGUUGGCCUUGCAGACACUGUUUGGCUUCCGCUCCGCUGCCUCUGCUUAACCACUAUGUUUGCAUCUGCAGCCAGCCGAUGGCUGAACGCACCCGCUAAAGCCUCCACUACAUCUGUGAUUGCAGCAAAACGAGGUCUGGCGGACGAGGCGCGUGUUUCCAAAACGUAGCGAAUACGAGGAAUCGAGAAACGAGAGUCCGACGCCGGUUCAAUCAGUACGAACAACAGGCUUCUCUCAUUACGAUGAGAAGGAUGUUUCUCAUUCUCCGCUGCCUUGUGUUCUUCUCUCUCUUCCUGACAAGCUGUUUCCCGACUGAACGUACAGUAUCACUGUCUGAAAUGCUUCAGCGCUUAACUUAAUUUGUCUGUAAGCCUUUUUUCUUGUCCCAUUCAUUCCUCCUGGCAGUUCAAAACCCGAAAGAGAAAAAAAGAAUCAAAUAACAUUGUGGCUGGUUGGAGUUUUUUUUUUUUUUCCUCAAACAUAAUGUUUAGAAUAAGAGGUGUUAUGCAAGGCAAGGUCUUCUCCACUUUGAUGUUAACGUUUGCUGCACUUUUGUUGAAACAUAUGCUGUGAGUGUGGUGCUGUUGUGAUUUGCAAACUCGAUGACGGAAGAGCACAUUGUUUUGGAGCUGUCAGUGCACGCCGCUCAAAGUGUUUUGGGGGAACGGACGUUGAUGGUUAUACAAGCAGACAUGCCUUACCAUUUUUUAAAGAACUAAAUGGAUUGCUUAUUUGGCUUUUGUUACACAUUCUUGUAUACAGAAAAUAAUACAAAGGUAAUAAUAAACAUUUUAUUAAAAAAAAAAACACUGUUUGCUGUAGUCGUCUCUGCUCUUGCGCCCUCUCGCUCUCGCUCUCUCUCUCUCUCUGUCUUCUCUCUCUCGCUCUCUCUCAAUUUCUCCCCAUUAUAUCAUUUGGAAACAUAUUGGUCUAUAUUUGCUUUUCAAAACCUUAUUCAUUUCAUUUACAUUCUAAUAUUCAGUCAAAUAUGUCACGGACACAUGCUGAAGCACUCACUGGC